AUGUCAGCCCAAGACGAAGGAACACCAAACGUAGCAUUCCAGAACGAAGCCAAAUACCCUGGUCAAACAACAGGUUUUCGAGGCCCAGGAGCCUCAGCAGAAAAUCCAGCUGGUGCUUUUCCUCGUGAUACUCGUCAAGCUGAUCCGGACCCGAUCGAGUCCCGUCGACCCAAAUCAACCAUCUUUUCAGCGAUCGAAAAUCCCUACGCACUGCAGGAGGCAAUUAACAAGCUCGAGUCGAGUCUUGAUGAAGUAAUCUCACUCUUCCAAGCCGAAAAGAACACGCUGGCGAGAGAGGGGGGUUUCACGAAAGGGAAGCAAGGGAUUGAGUUAUUUGAAUCGUGGAAGCAGGAGUUGGAGCGGAUCAAGUCUGGGCAGGAGUAA